AUGUGGUUCAAAGACCCACUGUUCUACUUCCACAUCGCAGGCGUCGCUGGGCUGUUCGGGCUGUACUAUCUCUACAACCUCGAGAGAGUGCCUGUCACAUACCGAUGGCGCUUUAACACGGUAUCGGAAUUUCAUGAGAACCAAUUUGCGGAACGCGUACAUCUCGAGACUGUGGAAGCCAGGGGGGACUCCAUUUUGCCGAGAACCUCAAAGGAGCAUGUUGCUGUUCAGAGAAUCUUUGACCACUUGCUUCCUGCCGCUGGACUGUCUGACACAGAGUGGGAGCUGCAUGUGAUCGACGACCCCGACACAACGAACGCUUUUGCUCUGCCUGGAGGUAAAGUGUUCGUCUACACCGGCCUACUUGACUUUUGCACCUCGGACGACGAGCUGGCCUCCAUCCUGGGCCAUGAAAUAGCGCACACCAUCUGCCGACAUGGGAUGGAAAGUCUCUCCCGCUUCCUCCUAUGGUUGCCACUGUACGUUAUCAGCUGCGUCGCCAGCGGUCUGGAUCCAGAUCUGGUGGCGCUAGCAGUGAACGUGGCCUUUCGAUAUCCCAACUCACGCACGCAGGAGGCAGAAGCGGAUUACAUUGGUAUGCUCCUUAUGGCCGAGGCUGGCUACGACCCUUCCGCUGCGCUGGACUGCUGGCGGAGGAUGGAGGAGCAGGAAGCAGGGACUGGUGUGAGUUAUAAGAGUACGCAUCCUGGCCAUCAUAAUUGA